UAUUCGUCGUUGUCAGUCAAAAUUAUUCGUUUCCAAAGAACAUACAAAAUUUAGUACGUACAUUUAGUGCGCGGUAGUAAAGCAAAUAAACGUACCCUUUCUUAUUUAAUUCUGUGAAACGAUUUGAUUUGCACAAAACAAUAGCAACAACCAACGACAACAACAGCAAAAAAUACAUAUCAUCAAUCACUCUCUGACGGAAUAAACAACGAGAAGAAUCAAUGCCAGAAAAAUCGGUUUAAUUCUAUUGCAAGCAGCGUAAUUAAAAGAGAGAGAGAUGGUGAUGUUUUAGCGUGCAUUAAUAACAAAACGAAAAAAUACAUAGAAAACAAAAUAUAAAAGUUAAACAAGUUAACGAAAUAAAGAAGCUAUUUUUCACUGGAUUGUGUUUUUGUGUGUGGCGAAACAUACGAAUAAUUCGACGAGUGUACGAAUAAACGACCAAAGAAAAAGCUUGGCAUUUUUGUAAACAAUAAACUUUGAGCGUGCAUCGAAAGCUUCACACUGUCGUCAUUCAAUAUUUAUAAAUUAUGACCCUACCAACACGUCCAGCGCCGGCCCCGCCAGGAUCAAGAGCACAAGUUGCCGCCGCCACCGCCAAUGCAAGCCUUGAACAGUUACGUUUACAACUACAACAACAGCAACAAUUACAAAGACAAAAUUCAAUUGGAUCCAAACUAAUCAAGUUACCACCACCACCCAAAGUUCCUCAACCAGUCGUUAAUGGCGGCGUAAAUGGUCCUAAUGCUGUCAAUGGUUCCAUUACAAGGAAAUUUCCCCAGGCACGUUAUGCCCCAGCCACCAAUUGGGAUGAUUCACCAUUUGAUCUGUUAGGUGGGACAACAACUACAACAACAAAUGGCAAGAAACCACCACCACCUCGGCCGCCACCACCAAAAAUACCAGCAAAAAAACAUCCUGCACCCACACCACCACCGGUUCAACAAUCAUCCAGCGGUUCCAAUAUAUUGAGCAAUAUUUUCCAUCGCAAGAAAUCCUCAAGGGCUCCCACGCCAAAUUCCUCAGCAAGAAUUUAUGGUACUGCCACAUAUGGCACGGCUGCUGCAACAACAAUAACCACAGGCACAACUUCCAACAGCAAUAGCACAAAUUCCUGGAACAAUGCCUGGAAUACACAACAGACAACCACAACAACAACAACAGCAACCAAUGGUGAACCCCAACUAAUUAGCUUUGAUUCACCACCCAGCUCUCCCACAUUUACCCAAAAAUCCAACAGCGAUUGCCUGAGUGUGGAUAGCUUUAGUUCCGAUUCCAAUUUCAGUUCACCCAACAACGGUAGUGUUUCCCAGCCCGAAAGUGGCUUUGAAGAUGAUUUCUCUGCUGCCGCCGGACGUUCAAGGCCGGCAACAACAAGUCCCCUGGAUCCCUGGGAAACGAUAGAUGCCUUCGGUCCACCCGAUCCGGCGUCAGUACAUCAAGCACCUCGCUAUGGCACCAUUGGCACGGCGCCGGUACGUAAUCUCAAUGUGGUCAAUUCACGGGUACAAAACAGCACCGACAAUCCCCUGUGUAAUGGCAAAAGUCUUGUGCCGCCUGCACCAACGCUUAAUAUGCCCACAAUAAUCAAACCGAAAAUCUCACAAAAGCCUAAGGCACCCAAACCACCAACAUUGGCAAAACCAACGAAUGGCUUGAGUUUAUAUUCUGAUUUGCCAACACCACCAUCACCACCAUCACCACCAAUGCCUCAGUGUGCACCUCCACCACCUCCUCCCCAGGUCGUGGCUGGAGGACUAGGAGGAUCAUCGUACCCCUCUAAACCGGCAGUUUCAUUGCUGGAUGUCAUAUCGGGUAAAGUUGAUGCUAUACACUUGGAUGCGGGCAGUCAAAUGAAUGAGUAUGGUGCCGGUGCAACAGAUGAACGGCCAUAUGGCAUAGCUUUAUAUGAUUUCCAAAGUACAGAGGAGGGUGAUUUAUGUUUUAGGGAAAAUGAAAAAAUCUAUUUGCUUGAGCAAGUUAGUGAAUCGUGGUAUAGGGGACGUACACGUUCUGGCUGUGAGGGUAUAUUUCCCAUUAAUUAUGUUGAAAUUAAAGUGCCACUAACUGCAAAAGCGCCAACACCGCAACCAACAGCAGCAUCAGCAGCGGCGCUAUCCUCAAAUUAUUCAUCCACAUCAGCAACAACAACAACAUAUGAUACAACAUAUCCUCCAACAACAAAUAGUACAAGUGAUGACUUGAAAAUAAGAUGUUUAUACAAUUUCCCAGCCGAGGUAGAGGGUGAUUUGGCAAUAAAAGAAAAUGAAAUCGUCACCAUAUUAUAUAGAAUCAACGAAGACUGGUUAUAUGGUGAAGUUAAUGGCUGUCAGGGACAAUUUCCGGCGAACUUCCUUGAAUAUGUGCCAUCCAACAUACCAAUGCCUUAAAUUUACACAUUGUUUUUCGUUUUUUUAAAUGCUAAUUUAUAAACACUUUUAGAAUUCCUCCUAUUUUUUAAUUCUACAAAAAGGAAAGAAAAGAAAAUAGUUUAGUGAAUAUCAAACGAGAUCAAUCAAAUGAAACAUAGUACGUAUACAUUACCCUAGGACCCUAAAAUUUAUUAUCCCAUAUGGAAAUUUUGUCUAUGCUUUGUUUUCCUACUACUACUACUACUAAUUUAUAUUUGGAAAAUUUAUGCGAAAAAUCCAUGGAAAAAAUAAAAGUCUUUCAAAAAGUAUUUUUAUAAUAUUACACCCCCAGCCCUUAAAACUUUAAAUUUUGUAUAAGUAAACAUAAAACAAGAAACAAACCAUAACCAAAACGAGUCACAAUUCACAAUUGCUUAGAAUUUAAAAUUUAAAAAAACAAAACAAAAAUGAAAAUGUAUUAAAUGUUAUUUGCUGCAAACUUUAUACUUUGAUUUAAAACUUGUUUGUAUAUAGAUUUAUUGCUAUUAUUAUUAAUUAUUAUUAUUAUGAUUUGAUUAUUGCCGAUUUGAUAUAAAUUUAGCCAUGCUGCUCAUAAAGUACUACUACCCACAGGAUGCUUGCUUGCAACACAAAUUACAUACGUUUAUGUCCUAGCAAA